AAACAUGUCUGGACGCGGUAAGGGUGCCGGUAAGGCCAGAGCGAAGGCGAAGAGCCGUUCCUCCCGGGCCGGGCUUCAGUUCCCGGUGGGCCGUGUCCACAGGCUGCUGAGGAAGGGCAACUAUGCGCAGCGUGUCGGUGCCGGAGCUCCCGUCUACCUGGCGGCGGUGCUCGAGUACCUGACCGCUGAGAUCCUGGAGCUGGCCGGAAACGCCGCCCGCGACAACAAGAAGACCAGGAUCAUCCCCCGCCACCUGCAGCUGGCUGUCCGCAACGACGAGGAGCUCAACAAGCUGCUCGGCGGAGUCACCAUCGCUCAGGGCGGCGUGCUGCCCAACAUCCAGGCGGUGCUGCUGCCCAAGAAGACCGAGAAGCCCGCCAAGAAGUGAGACCCGGAAGUAGCUCCACAACGCAACGCAACACAACGGCUCUUUUCAGAGCCACACAUACACACACUGAAGAGCAGCUCCUCUGCUUCUCACCUCUCAUGUCAUAUUACAAUCACCUACAUGCUCAAACUCACUCUCCAUGUCCCUCAUUACUGUUUCUCUCUUCACACACUUUAAACUCAUCAACAUUCACCUGCUUCCUCUUUACAACCAG